AUGAUGCUCCUACGCCUCCUUGCGUUGAUAGCGUCUGUGACGGCAUAUGUAGUCAACGAAGGUACUGAAUGCCGUCUGUUUCCUGAGAGCAGCACUCACAAUGGACAUCCUGUCGAUGAUACACCAUCAAUCCUACAGGCCUUUGAAUUGUGCGGCACCAAUGGCUCCGUCGUCUUCCCUAAUGAGACGUUCUAUGUCAAUCAGGUCAUGAACACCACCAACCUACUCAACUGUGAUGUCUCCAUAUAUGGUGAGCUUGUUUGGAGUACAAACGUCCCGUAUUGGCUGUCACAUAGCUUGCCAGUUGUCUUUCAGAAUCUGUCUGCAGCAUGGAUAUUUGGAGGGACAAAUGUGACUGUGAAGGGAUACGGACAGGGGAAGUUCUUCGGAAAUGGACAAUCUUGGUACGACGAGAACCGCAAUAACAGCAACCAGCCUGGUCGGCCAAUGUCGUUUGUAAUCUACAACUCGACAAAUGUCCUAGUCGAUGGACUCACCUGGCUCCAGUCGCAGUUCUGGAGCACGUUCGUCUCAUAUUCCAGCAAUGUCACAAUGUCCAACAUUUUCGUGAAUUCGACCAGCAACGACGGCAACCAGACCAUGAACACGGAUGGAUCCGACACGUGGAAUUCGCAUGAUAUCCGGUACUACAACUGGACUGUGCAGAAUGGGGACGACUGCAUUGCCAUCAAAGGUAACAGCAGCAACGUCCACGCACGUAACAUCACCUGUUCUCAAACCAACGGUUUCCCCAUCGGUUCUGUUGGUCAGGACCCUGGAUACCCGGACUACGUAAAGGAUAUUCUCUUCGAGGAUGUGACACUAAUCGAUUCGAACAAUGGAGGAUGGAUCAAGGCGUGGCAGGGUGUGCCAACAACGACAGACUCCAACGGGGAUAACGGAGGAGGUGGAGGCGGCUGGGCAAAGAACGUAACUUUCAGAAAUUUCCGCCUGCACAAGGUUGCGUUGCCGAUCUAUAUCACCGAGUGCAUCUACAGCAGUGAUCCGACUGUCUGCGACACGUCCUCCUUCCAGAUCUCCGAUGUCACCUGGGAGAACUUCACGGGAACAUCCAAGUACGACGUGAUCGCAUCGAUACACUGUGGGGCGAAAGUGCCUUGUCCCGGGCUCAAGUUUAUCAACAUAAAUAUUGAGACUCUUAACGCGAGUCUGGGUCUUCCCAGCAAACAGCCGGUGUAUCAGUGUGCGAACAUCGUCAACCAGAAUGCAACGGGUGUCAACAGCACGGGGAUCCCAUGCAAUGCAUGGGCGCCAGGAGACUUCCCAGAGACACCAACGCAUAACUAUUAA